AUGAGGUUCUCGUUUUCAUUCUCCCUUGCAGCCGCAAGCCUCCCUCUCUCACUUUGCGCUACUAUCUACGUCUCUCCCACUGGAUCAGAUAGUGGUACCGGUACUAUCACUGCUCCUCUGAAGUCCAUCCAGUCAGCGAUCAAUCUCGCUACUGCUGGAUCAACAAUUUAUCUUCGAGCGGGAACAUAUGGUUUGACAACAAAUAUCCAGUUCACCAAAAGUGGAACUGCAUCAGCCCCCUACACCAUUUCUGCGUACGAAUCCGAGAAAGUCAUAAUCGAUGGAGAGGCUCUACCUUCGUAGGUAUUCCAAUAGAAAUCCAAUAGUCCGAAACAUAGUACUGAGCAAUGCAAAGAACCCCUGGUGAACUUGACUCUUCGAUCCCAAGCAAGAACCGAGGGAUUUUCCAUAUCGAAAAGGCACAUUACUGGAAUUUCAUCGGUCUCGAAUUGAUCAAUGGCCCUUAUGGUAUUUAUCAUGCCGAUUCUUCCAACAACUAUUAUGAGCGGGUCGUCACUCGGGAUAAUUACGAGACCGGUUUCCAAAUGCAAGGGGCUUCCGCUCAAAAUACGAUUCUCUAUCUCGACUCUUAUGGCAACCGAGAUCCACGAAAAAAUGGGGAGUCCGCUGAUGGGUUUGCAUGUAAAGAAGGAAGUGGUGAAGGCAAUAUUCUUCGUGGAGCAAGACUUUGGAACAAUGUGGAUGACGGGUUGGAUCUUUGGGAGUUUAAGUCCGGCGUUACGAUUGAGGAUACACUCUCUUGGGGAAAUGGGGUCAAUCGGUAUGUCCAUAAAUAAUCUUCUGGGAUUUUCGAAUCUAACAAAAUGCCUUUAGUUGGGGAUUCAGCGAGUUUGAAGGAGACGGAAAUGGCUUCAAACUCGGAGGUGGUAAUAAAGGUGACAUAGGCCCAGCAAACCAUAUCAUCACCAACUGUGUCGCAUUUGAGAACGCAGCUGGCGGAUUCGUUGACAACUCUCAAACCGGAGCUUUCACACUCACAGGCAACACUGCAUACAACAACACCAAAACCGGGUUUUCGUUCAAGACUGCAACUGCAACUCUCAAGCAAAACAUUGCGGUUGCAAAUGCCCAGGCAGACGAGUCCCUGAGUUCAGCUCAAAAAGACAGCAGAAAUUCGUGGAACUCGGGUACUUGGUCGGCAAGUAGUUUCAAGAGUCUGGAUAAGACAACAGCUAUCGGUGCUCGAGAUCCAUCCGGCAAGAUUGUGGGGAGUGAUUUCUUGGUGCCUGCUUCUGGUGCUGAUAUGGGAGCUUCUACAUAC